GAACUGGGCCUGACCCAUGGCGCGCCUGUUUCUAAAUUCCAGCAAAUUUCGCCAUUUAGGUUAUUUUUCUCGAGAGUUUCCACUCUCUAAGCGCAUUUGCAUCUCUAACCUUCCCCUCCUCUGUUUUCGUACAGUCCGAAUCGCGAGAAAGCGUGACGCCGAAUGUUCAGGCGGAGCCUUGGACGCCUCUGAGAAGAGUCAGUCUUUUGCCACGGGGCCUCAGCCACCGCCAAAAUUCAAAAGAAACGAACUGAUUGGUGACCCAUUUGGUCUCUUCCGGAGGUUCGCUGCCCUCUUUCAAGACAGUAGUGAAAAUGCAUAUCAAGUCCAUUAUUCUUGAGGGAUUUAAAUCCUAUGCCCAAAGGACAGAAGUCAAUGGCUUUGAUCCCCUAUUUAAUGCCAUCACAGGCUUAAAUGGUAGUGGUAAAUCUAACAUAUUGGAUUCCAUCUGCUUCUUGCUGGGUAUCUCCAACCUAUCUCAGGUUCGUGCCUCUAAUUUGCAAGAUUUGGUAUAUAAAAAUGGGCAGGCUGGGAUUACGAAAGCUACAGUGUCGAUCACUUUUGAUAAUUCUGACAAAAAACAGAGCCCUUUGGGAUUUGAGGCCCAUGAUGAAAUUACUGUUACAAGACAGGUGGUUAUUGGUGGCCGAAAUAGAUACUUAAUCAAUGGUGUAAAUGCAAAUAACACCAGAGUUCAAGAUCUCUUCUGUUCUGUUGGACUUAAUGUUAAUAACCCUCACUUUCUCAUUAUGCAGGGUCGAAUUACCAAAGUGUUGAAUAUGAAGCCUCCAGAGAUUUUAUCCAUGAUUGAAGAAGCAGCUGGAACCAGGAUGUAUGAAUGCAAAAAAAUUGCUGCCCAGAAAACCAUAGAAAAAAAGGAGGCUAAGCUGAAAGAAAUUCAGACGAUACUGACAGAAGAGAUUACUCCAACACUUCACAAAUUAAAAGAGGAAAGAUCUUCCUACUUGGAGUACCAAAAAGUAAUGCGAGAAAUAGAACAUUUGAGUCGGCUGUACAUUGCUUAUCAGUUUAUGCUAGCUGAAGAUACCAAAGUACGUUCAGCUGAUGAGUUAAAAGAAAUGCAAGCCCUAACUAUCAAACUUCAAGAAGAAGUAGCUGAGAAUGAUAAACAUAUUAAGGAACUUAGCCGUGAAAUAGAAGAGUUGGAAAAAAGAAAAGAAAAGGAAAUUGGUAAUGUCCUUCAGUCUUUGGAAGAUGUGCUUGCAGAGGCUCAGAGAGUCAAUAUGAAGUCUCAAAGUGCUCUAGAUCUCAAGAAGAAAAAUCUGGAAAGUGAAGAAAAAAAACGCAAAGAAUUAGAAAAAAGUAUGGCAGAGGAUUCUAAAACUUUGGCAGCAAAGGAAAAAGAGGUAAAGAAAAUAGCAGAUGGACUGACUUCUCUUCAAGAAGCAAGUACUGAAGAUACAGCUGCCCUGGCAGCCGCACAGCAGCAUUUCAAUGCUGUGUCUGCAGGCCUGUCCAGUAAUGAGGAUGGGGAAGAAGCAACUCUUGCUGUACAGAUGAUGAACUGCAAGAAUGACAUAAGCAAAGCUCAGACUGAAGCCAAGCAGGCUCAGAUGAAGUUGAAACACGCCCAGCAAGAACUAAAGACCAAACAAGCUGAAGUUAAAAAGAUGGAUGGUGGUUACAAAAAAGACCAAGAGGCCUUCGAAACCGUGAAGAAACUUAAAGAGAAGCUGGAAACAGAAAUGAAAAUGCUAAACUAUCAAGAAAACAAGGAGGAAUGUCUGUUGGAACAGCGUCGGCUGCUUUCUCAAGAUGUCAGCAGGCUGAAAAAAACAUGUGAAACCUUGUUUGCCAAGUUUCCCAGUCUUCGAUUUGAAUACAAGGAUCCAGAGAAGAAUUGGAAUCGAAAUCAUGUAAAAGGCCUCGUGGCUUCUCUGUUUAAUGUAAAAAACGCCUCAACAACAAAAGCUCUAGAAAUUGUGGCUGGUGGACGACUCUAUAGUGUUGUAGUAGACACAGAGAUUACAGGUAAAAAAAUACUAGAAAAAGGUGAACUAAAGCGUAGGCAUACUAUAAUCCCACUCAACAAAAUUUCAUCCAGGUGUAUUGGAAAGGAAACUCUGAAUAUAGCUAAAAAUCUGGUUGGUGCUGAUAAUGUGCAUCUGGCCCUUUCCCUGAUUGAGUAUGAACCUGAGCUUCAGAAAGCAAUGGAAUUUGUCUUUGGAACAACAUUGGUCUGUGAUACUCUCGACAAUGCUAAGAAAGUUGCUUUUGACAAAAGGAUAAUGACUAAAACAGUCACUCUGGAUGGUGAUGUGUUUGAUCCUAGUGGAACACUGAGUGGCGGUGCACGGCCCCAGACUGCAUCUGUUUUGACCCAGGCUCAAGAACUCAAAAAUAUUCAAGAGGAGCUAAAAGUCAAGGAGAGUGAACACCAAGCUAUAGAAAGGGAAUUAGCAGGUCUGAAAAACACUGCUGAAAAGUAUCGUCAACUAAAACAGCAAUGGGAAAUCAAGUCAGAGGAGACAGAAUUGUUGCACACUAAGCUUCAGCACAGUGCAUACCACAAACAGCAAGAAGAACUGGAUGCUCUCAGGAAAACAAUUGAGGAAAGUGAGGAAACCCUAAAAAAUACACAGGAUACCCAAAAAAAGGCUGAAGAAAAAUAUGCAGUAUUGGAGAAUAAAAUGAAAAAUGCAGAAGCUGAGCGAGAAAGAGAACUAAAAGAUGCCCAGAAGAAACUUGAUUGUGCUAAAAAAAAGGCAGAUGCUUCUAGCAGGAAGAUGAAAGAAAAGCAGCAGGAAGUUGAAGCUAUCAAUCUAGAGCUAGAAGAACUCAAGAGAGAGCAAGGUACCUACAAACAACAAUUUGAGGCUGUGAAUGAAGCCAUCAAAUCUUAUGAAGAACAAAUUGGUGUCAUGGCAUCUGAGGUGGCUAAGAAUAAGGAAUCAGUGAAGAAAGCCCAAGAAGAGCUGACCAAGCAAAAAGAAGUGAUUGCAACCCAAGAUAAUAUAAUUAAAGCUAAAUAUACAGAAGUGGCAAAACACAAGGAGCAAAAUAAUAAUUCCCAGCUUAAAAUUAAAGAGGUAGAUCACAAUAUCAGCAAACACAAGCAGGAGGCUGAAGAUGCGGCCUCAAAGGUAUCCAAAAUGAUGAAAAAUUACCAAUGGAUAAAUUCAGAGAAACACCUCUUUGGCCAGCCUGAUACUGCUUAUGAUUUUAAAACUAAUAAUCCAAAGGAAGCAGGUCAGAGGCUACAAAAAUUAGAAGAGAAGAAGGAGAAACUGGGAAGAAAUGUCAACAUGAGAGCUAUGAACAUGCUGACAGAGGCAGAGGAGCGGUAUAAUGACUUGAUGAAGAAGAAAAGAAUUGUAGAAAAUGACAAAUCCAAAAUUCUUGCAACCAUUGAAGACCUCGACCAGAAGAAAAACCAGGCCCUAAAAAUUGCUUGGCAAAAGGUGAACAAGGACUUUGGUUCAAUUUUCUCCACUCUCCUGCCGGGUGCUAAUGCUAUGCUUGCACCACCAGAGGGACAAACUGUUUUGGAUGGUCUGGAGUUUAAGGUUGCCUUGGGAAAUACCUGGAAAGAAAAUCUAACCGAACUUAGUGGAGGACAGAGGUCUUUGGUUGCUUUAUCUUUAAUAUUAUCCAUGCUUCUCUUCAAACCUGCUCCAAUUUAUAUCCUGGAUGAGGUCGAUGCGGCCCUUGACCUUUCUCACACCCAGAACAUUGGACAAAUGCUUCGUACUCAUUUCACACAUUCCCAGUUUGUUGUUGUGUCCCUGAAGGAUGGGAUGUUCAAUAAUGCAAAUGUUCUGUUCAAGACCAAAUUUGUGGAUGGGGUUUCUACAGUGGCCAGAUUUACUCAGUGUCAAAAUGGAAAGAACGUGUCAUCUCAGCAGAAAGGGGACAAGAUAAAAUCCAAGAGCAGGGGGCCUAAGUGAUGAAAUAUUGAUGUCUGGAAGUACAUUCAUCUGUUCCUUACUUUCUUCUGUCUUUUCAAUCUUAAUGUUAAUACCUUGGAACUUAAAGUUGAGUGUCCUGUCUGAAGUAUACUUUUGCUUGUGUGGAACCAGGGAAACCCACGUUCCAUUUCUUGUUUAUACUUUUCCUUAUUUUUAUGAUUCUUCCCUAAACAUUUGAAAAAGUGGAGUGUUCGUAGAAUCCAUCUGUGGUGCUUUUGUAUUAUAAAUAGAACUAAAUAACUUAAAUGUCAGUGUUUUAAGGCAACCCGCUUGGCUUCUGACGUGCUCAUCUGUUAAAUGAGCAGGGCACAUCUGCUACUUCAAAAGGCCAAUAACUUGUUCUUAUUCUAAUCACUUGACUUGAGUUUUGUCCUUUAAAAAAGGAAAUGUAAGUGUAUUUUUAUGUUUUGAUAUCAUGUGUACCUCUGUGAAUAUUUUCUUAGCCAGGAUUUUCUCUUUUGGGGAUACAAGAUAUGUUGAGUUUAUAGAUGCUAAAUUCAAGAGCAAACCAGAAUCAAGGAUAAAUAGAAAAUAUAGACAGUGAAAGGAAAAAAAAGCUGCUAAUGUAUGUACUGCUGUAAAGUAAUUUUUAUAAACAAGGAGAAAAGUAGAACAGAUUUCUGAAGAUUGGAAACAAAGCCUUUUUUAUUGUACAGCUAUUGUCACUUUUAAUGUUUUUUACCUUGUUAAUAAACCAAAUAUGGAAA